AAACCGCCCUAUUGUUAACUCUCUGAAGAAUUUCUCUACGUUUCCUCUUACUUCUCACACCUAUAUAUACACCUAAAAUAAAACCCAUACUCCCAAAUCCUAAUUGCUGUUAAUUUUCAAUCUGUAAAAGCGCAAGAGGAAAAAGAAAAGAAAAAAGAAAAAGGGAGUAAUCAAAAUCAUGUCUUCCCCUACCAAACGCAGAGAAAUGGACUUGAUGAAACUGAUGAUGACUGAUUACAAAGUAGAAAUGAUCAAUGAUGGAAUGCAAGAGUUCUAUGUGGAAUUUCAUGGUCCCAAAGAGAGUCCUUAUCAGGGAGGUGUGUGGAAAGUGAGAGUAGAGCUCCCUGAUGCCUAUCCUUACAAGUCACCUUCCAUUGGUUUUGUUAAUAGGAUUUACCAUCCAAAUGUUGAUGAAAUGUCAGGUUCAGUCUGCUUAGAUGUUAUCAAUCAGACCUGGAGCCCCAUGUUUGAUCUUGUAAAUGUUUUUGAAGUGUUUCUUCCCCAACUUCUUCUAUAUCCUAACCCAUCAGAUCCUCUGAAUGGCGAGGCUGCAGCUCUCAUGAUGCGUGAUCGUACUACUUAUGAUCAAAGGGUGAAAGAGUAUUGCGAAAAGUACGCGAAGAGUGAAGAUGCUGGGGCUGUACCUGAAGAAAAAUCUAGUGAUGAAGAGGUGAGUGAAGAAGAAUAUGCCUCCAGUGAUGAGGAAGUUGCUGGCAAAGCAGAUCUCUAAGGGAUUGGAAUUAUGGACAAUAUUAAACUCCCCAUUAUCUGUACAUGAUAUCAAGUUAUCUUAAGAUAAACAUAUCCUUUCCAUGAUUCACCUUGAAAAAUAGUUAUGUUGCUUCUACUUUUUAAUUUGUACUGCUAUUGUGAUUACAUUUGUGUCCUAAUUCCUUAAAUGUUAAUCUGAGCUAAGGGUGUUCAUCGGUCGA